AUGCAGGCGGACGUGGAAGGCGAGGAGCGACAGGACGAAAAGGUCGACUUGGAAGGACACAUCGCCCAGCAAAGGCGCCGUAUCCUGAAAGAACAUCGGUUUCCGCCAUCCUGGCGCGUGGCGUGGCUGGCCACAUUCUGCUACGGCUUCACUAUCACGCUCGACAUCGUGCUUCGCAAGAAGCUGGAGGAGGACUCGCGCUACGGCCACGCCAUAGCCGAAGCCGUCGGUGACGUCAAGGAAGUGGGCAGCAUCAUGGGAUUGGUGCUCGCAAGCGUUCUCGUGCAGGCGGCUGGUCGUGCCACGGGACUCUACUACUACGGUGUAGGCGUCAUCUUCGGUACAUUGGCGACCGUGCUGUCAACACUGCUGCCCGCGCUGCCGACGGGAUUCCUGAUCUGCGUGUUCCAGGCCGUGUCGGGCGUGUUCAUCGCCGUGGGCAACCUGAGCGCACACGUCUACCUGACCGAGGUGGCGCCCGACGACGACCGGGGCGCUGUGUGGCUGGCCGUCCUCUCCCUGGCGCCAUACGUGCUCUUCGUAUUCCUCAUGAGCUGGGUGGUCGAGUCCCCGCGUUGGUUGCUGCAGGUCAACCGCCCGAUGGACGCACAGCGCGCCUACGAGCUGUUGGGCAUCGUUGUGACAGGCGACGAGUGCGCCCUCUUGGCCAUACGCAUACAGCGCCUCCGCACACCGCUGAGGGCCGUGGUCUGCAUCGUGUUCGUCUUUUGGCUGAGCAUGCUUGGCGGACCCAUGGGCAUGCAGAAAUACCAAGACCUGCAACUGGUUGGCAGCAGGGACGUCUUCUACGGCCGCAAGGACCUCGUCAUGGUCAUCUUCCAAAUGAUCAUCAUGCCGGGCAUCAUCUUCCUGACCGACGCCAUCGGCCGUCGCUUCCUGCUGUUCACCUCUUCGAUGCUGCUUACGGGAAUCCUGCUGAUGAGCGCCUACUUCGUCCAGCGCACAACCGUGGCCGAUUCGCUAGCCGAGAACGCCACCUUCGAGCGCGCCAUCAUGUGCGCUGCCCUGUGCUCCGUGGUCGCCUACUCUCUCGGACUGGGACCGGUCUCCGUCCUGGUGUGCAUGGAGCUACUGCCGCCGCGGCGCCACGGUCUGCUGGCAGGCCUCACGUACGCCGUCGACCGUGCCCUGUUCUUCGUGUUCCGCUGGUACCUGCGUUCUAGCUCCUAUCAGGUGUGGUACUUCAUCAUGGCCGGUGCGUCGACGGGCGUCUCGCUAGUGGUUCUCAUGUGGCUACUGCCGGAGACGAAGCUAUUGCCUCUGGACCGCAUCCCAAAUCUGUUCAGCGACGACCCUCGCGUGCGCUCAGCGGCGACCGGAGCUUCGCAGAGCGCCGGAGGGACGCACGAACUUGCGCAAGCCAAGACUACGCGCCAAUUCCCGCUGAGGGACUUCGCCGACACGUACGCCCUGCCUGCCGUCAAAGAGGAGACCCAAACGACGUCGUCGCAGCGUGAAUGA